UUCAUUUUCUUCUCCGCAUUUUCUUCUCCUUUUCUUUUCUGUUUGGACAUUGGGAUUUCCCGAUCGGACAAAAAACCAGGGUUUCUUUAUAAGAUAAAAACAAGUGAAGCAUCGAUCUAGGAAAUUUGAGUGGCAAUUGUGAGAUUCCUAGGUUUCAAUUGUUUCAUUUUCUCGGCGGUCAAAUCGGGGUGAUUGUUUUAUUUACUCGUUGAUUUUGUUUUGGACAUUAAAAACUGAGGCUAUCUACUUCACCAUCUCGGAUCAUCACAUAAUCUUGUGGAUCUCUUUGAGGACACUGGUUGGGAAAAUUUUAAGGAUAAAAAUGUCUUCUCCAAGCAAGAGGAGAGAAAUGGAUGUCAUGAAGUUGAUGAUGAGUGAUUACAACGUGGAGACGAUAAAUGAUGGACUCAAUGAAUUCAAUGUGGAAUUCCAUGGACCAAAAGAAAGCCUCUAUGAGGGUGGGGUGUGGAAAAUUCGUGUUGAACUCCCAGAUGCUUAUCCUUACAAGUCUCCUUCUAUUGGGUUUGUCAACAAGAUUUUUCAUCCAAAUGUUGAUGAGUUGUCAGGUUCUGUAUGCUUGGAUGUUAUUAACCAAUCAUGGAGUCCAAUGUUUGAUCUUUUAAAUGUCUUUGAAGUCUUUCUUCCACAGCUCUUGCUUUAUCCAAAUGCUUCAGACCCACUUAAUGGUGAUGCAGCAUCAAUGAUGAUGAAGAACAAAGAUCAAUAUGAGAAAAAAGUAAAAGAGUACUGUGAGCGAUAUGCAAAGAAGGAGAACAUUACCAAUGAAAGACUUGAAGAGGACAGUGAAGAUGAGGACUUCAGUGAUGGAAAAAGCGCAUCAAGCGACGAAGAUAUUGCUGGACAUGCAGAUCCAUGAGAAAAAUUCUUGGGGGAUUUGUCAUCUUGGCACAAAGACCCCACAUGAACACCAGUUUGUCCUUCCCAUGAUUGUAUUACAAUUUACAAUUUCUCAUUUGCCUGUAAAAUCACAACUGUUUAAGAAUUAUGCCCUGGUAUACUUGGUACAGGGGAUCAAAUGAAAAUUUGAAAGAACAGGAAAAUCCAUAAGUAAUUUCAGUGAUAAGUAAAAUCAAUUACUUGUAGUUUUACCUACAUGUAAAACUGUAAGAAAUUAAUGACUAAAUUCAGUAA